AUGUGGAUUAAUGGAAUGCUUUACAAGCUAUACUACACCAAAGGGGUAACUGGUAAAACUUGGCGGCUCAUACGAAAUUGGUACUUGAACAUGAAAGAAUUUGUUAUCGUUGAAGGAAAAUCAUCUCGUAUAUACGAGCUAGGGCAAGGUACAAGACAAGGUGGGGUUCUAUCACCCUGGCUUUUCCAGGUAUUCAUAGACAACCUUAUCGAAGAAUUGAGCAAUAUUAAAUCUGGAAUUUGCAUCAACACCGUGUAUUUCGGAUCACCCAUGUUUGCGGACGAUCUAACUAUGCUAUCACGUAUGAAAUCUGGACUGGACAAAAUGUUACGAUGUCCUUCGGAAUACAGCAACAAAUGGAGAUUUACAUUUAAUGCCACGAAAACGGUAGUUUUAACGUUUGGUGAAAGCGAUCGGGAACGUAGUGUAAAUCGCAGCAUUAGAGAUUGA